UGAUUGUUUGUGACGCACCUGUAAAGCAGGAACAACAGAUUUCAAGCUCAACAGCUAGUCCAAGGAGAGAAGACAUCCCACAAACCUUAAGGUUUACAGCGCAAGUGUAGGGUAUAUACGUAGCAGCUGACAGGCCAAUCUUCACAUCAUAUAAGUAUCAAGGACAGAGAGGGGUGCAUCAUGGGUAAGAAUCCACCAGUUGUGCUGAUGUUUCUCCUGGUCAUCUUUAAGAUGUUGGGGACAGCGGAAGGUGCCUGCAGCUGUACGCCUUCAACGUGUGACUGCUACGGACAGGGUCUUACCAGCGUUCCUCAGGACCUACCCACAACCAUCACGGAGUUGGAUCUGACAGAAAAUCAGAUCACAACUUUAAGUCAGUCAGAUUUCUCACGUUAUAGGGACUUAGAGACUAUAGAACUUGAUAACAAUCGCAUCUCUACCAUCAACAGUCAGGCGUUCUAUUCCUUGUCGAACUUGGUCACCUUGUAUCUCUCCGAAAACCGUCUGACAAGCCUAAGAUCUGAUAUGUUUGUAGGGUUGGAAAAGUUGCAAGACGUUAAUUUUUACACAAAUUACAUCGAUGAUAUUCAGGCUGGCACUUUUAACACAACUCCACAACUAAGAAUCUUAGAACUGGGUGAUAACAGGUUAACAACUAUCAGAUCUGACAUGUUUACAGGGCUGGGAAAGUUGCAGGAACUAAAUGUGAACAUUAACAACAUCACUAACAUUCAGGCAGGAACAUUUAUAUCAACUCCACAACUAGGAACUCUGGCCCUACAUGAUAACAAGUUAACAAACCUCAGAUCUGACAUGUUCACGGGGCUAGGGAACUUACAGAGGCUUUUGUUGUACAAUAAUGACAUCAGUGAUAUUCAAACUGGUACUUUUAACCCUACACCACAACUUAUAAACUUAUUCCUGUACAACAACCGCAUUCAGUCCAUUCCGCCCAACUUACUGGCGAAUCUUCAACAACUGAGAUACCUCAGAUUUGAUUACAAUAACAUUACGACUUUUCCGUUUCAAGAUUUGUCAAAACUACAAACAAUUUCUCGUCUUUCUCUUAAUAAUAACCAAAUGUCAACUCUUCCGUCAGCGGCCUAUGACAUACUUUCAUCAAUAUCUAACGUAGACAUUGACAACAACCCCUGGCAGUGUGACUGUAGGAUGACUCCCUUUAGGCUAAAGAUGAACGGGUCUUAUCCUUUUGAAAACCAAAUCACUUGCUCCCAACCUAGCAACUUCUCUGGACAAAACUUGAUAGAUAUACAUCCAGACGAUCUAGGGAUAUGCGAAGAACCAAGCAUUGCAAGGUUUCAAAGAGUUGCAAACAAUCCUUUGGUACAAGGAAAGCCUAUCUAUUUAGUGUGUGAAGUUUCUGGGAUCCCUACACCAAGCAUUACAGUCACUCUCCCAUCUGGACUGAACGCUACAGUUGUAUCGGAUGGAAGGGUGACUGUUGAUGAGAAUGGUAACAUUAUCAUACGAGAUGCUACAUCAUUAGAUGUUGGCCUGUACACUUGCAUUGCAACAAGCCCUGUUGGCUCAACAUCUGCAGGACUUUCCAUUGAUGUACUUGAUGUAGAACCAAGAAUUGUGAAGUUUGACAGUUCUGUGAACACUUUGGGACAGAGAAAGUCUCUGAGUUUGGUCUGUGAAGCUUCAGGUAGCCCACCACCAGAUAUCACAGUCAUUCUCCCAUCUGGACUGGUUACAACUUUAGAUGUGCAUGGCGCAGUAACCAUUACCGAUGUUACUGCAGCAGAUUCUGGUCUGUACGUCUGUAUUGCAGUAAAUGUAGCUGGCUCAACUUUUUCCACCCUGGCCGUUGAUCUACAAACUGUGCAAACAACUGUUUUGCCAUCAUUGACGACCAUUGUCACAACACCUUCAAAACAACCAAAAUCUGCCCCCACUUUCUCCCAAUCUGUACUUCUUGGUGCUAUUUUUGGUUCUAUAGCAGGUACUCUCAUCAUUGUUGCCAUCAUUCUAACAAUCUGGUGCAAACGGAAUAACCAAAGUCCUCCCAAAUGCCCAGAUUUUAGUGUUCUGUUCAACAACCAAACACAAAAACUAACUGUGCUAACCAAUGAGUAUGAUCUGACACACUUAAAAGCUUCAUCUGUUAACAAAUCUGAAUGAGCACUGUAAGUGUUCUUACUGUAUAAAUAUAUUAUGUACUGUAUACUCGCAUUGUCCAGUUACCAGGGCUAGCCCCAUGAAAUAACCUCCAGGUUGCUGGGCAGUCUUAACGGUAUAUUAUGUUACUCGUAAAAGUUUACAAAGUACCUCCCUUUAUAAAGCCCUCCUUAAGAUUUGAAAGCCAUGCAGGCAAAAAGUUGAACAACCAGCCUGAAUAUCACUGUCAAUGUGUUAGAAUAAAUGCUUAAGAAUAUCACCGUAUAAAGCUGUAUAGUAGAUAUACAAGACCUCAUUGUAUACUUUAUCAACUAUCUUAGCACCUAUAUGUAGAAUUGUAGCAGAUUUUUAGCCAGUAAUUUAGUCGACACUCUAUAAAGCAUAGUACUCAUAGAACUUGUAUAUUAUGAUUCCAAUAUUUCUAAAUAUGAUGUAAAGCUUUGUUACUUAGAUUUUUGUGGAUUUCAUGAAGCUCGUGAAUUUAAUAUCGUGACAAACUGUCUAUGGUGUUUAAGCGUACUUACAUCAUUUUAGACUAAUAUCAAUAAAAUAAAGAAAAUGAUGAUUG